AUGGUACGGUUCUAUCCAUACCCUGCGAACACGAACUGGCCCGACGGCCAUGCGAAAUCAUUCUCGAAAGACAUCAAGUUCACCUUCAACGACACGCAUUACGACUUCGAUGGCUCACGGCGACUCUAUACAAUCUUCAACGCGACCCUGGGUAUGGCCUUUGCGCCUUUCAAGCAUGGCUUCAUCAACACUCUCGGUGUACCCAACAUAAAUGGCGAUAAAGGUGGCUUCGUGUACAUGAUCGGGUGGGCCGGUGGUUUCCAGACCCGCGUCAAACGCGACUUGUACUUCACGAACGCAGCAUUCGCGGUAGUCAAAGAGGAGGACGGAGAAAGGAAGAUUGUUGAGUUCCGGGAGAGUGGCAACAUUCCCAACACAGCACCACUGCCAGAGCCUGUCGAGUGGGGAUGCUCUUUUGAGUAG